CAAAAGCUUACCAUUCAUUCACUUUUAAAUCGUUUAAAGUAACAGUCGCAUGUCGUGCCCCGUUAAACUGAAUAAAUCGAAAACGAAACAGUGACCAAUUUUUCGCUGAAUUUUUAACUGUGAACUGGUAUGAACUUUUGAAGUAAUUGAUUUUAAAGAAAAUGAGCUCCGAGUAGUGCCCAAGAUUUUCGCAUCGAAUUAGUGUAAUAUAUUAAAGGAUAUCGUGGACCAGUUUGUUGAUUUAAACGAAUUUAAAUACUAGAAUUGACAGACCGUUAAUUUGACUGAACUUCACAACAUUUUAAUUGCAUUUCGUGUAUGUGCAAUUUCGUAAUCUCGGUUUUUCGUCGGAAAAAAAUUUCACAAAAAUAAUUUCGUUGACCUGAAAACUAUUACGAAAUUCGGACAGAAAAAAAAUGAUAUCCAAGAAGCAAACAAUUUUUUGCAUAGUUACAGCACACAUGAUAGCUGUAUCAUGCGGAUCCAGUCGACGAGAUAUUAUAAAUAAUGCACCACAGCUGGCAGAAAAACCUGACUGGCUUUUAUCAUGUACCAAAGAGACUCCCAACGAAGACGACUGUUUCCGACGAAUGUUCGAAGGAAUGUUUCCAAAUUUAGCUAAAGGCAUACCGGAACUGGGCAUAAGCCACUUUGAACCACUGAUCAUUGAUUCAGUUCAAGUAUCAAAAGGUAGCGGUAGCCUAACAUUAGCCGGUGGUUUCAAAAACUUAAAUAUCAAAGGUCCAUCGAACGCAACAGUUAGCCGAGCAAGUUUAGAUCUGGAAAAAAAAUUACUGAGCUUCGAUUUGGUGAUACCACGUCUACGAAUUGAUGCUACCUACAAUUUAAAGGGAAACAUUUUGCUACUACCUCUGGUGGGCAGUGGUAACGUUGCUAUGACAAUGAAAGAUGUGAAAAGUUCAGUGUACACGAAGAUCAGCAUAAAAAAGAAACCAGAGGAUGUCAUUCACAUCGAAGAAAUGAAAGUGACCUUCUUAGUGGGUGGUAUGCGCAUUCACUUGUCGAAUCUCUUCAAUGGCAAUAAAGUGUUGGGCUCAUCGUUAAAUAUGUUUCUGAAUCAAAAUGCUAAUGAAGUCAUUUCCGAACUGCGACCCGAUUUAGAGAAGGGUUUGGCUGACAUAUUUACGGGUUUGUGGAACAAUGUAUUUUCGAAGUUGCCAAUCGACUUGUGGUUGAAAUAAUCCGAAUAACUUUUUCCUAAAUGCAACAUUUGCAGGUCUUAGCUAUAUUUUGUGGUACCUUAGUUGUGUAAGUUAGAAUGUAGUUUUGAUAAGUGUAAAUACAAUGUGAAAUAAAUGAGUUACUAAGUUAUAA